CUACCCAGAAUGCACUUCCAAAUCAAAAACAAUGUCGAUCGCCAUGAAGUGAAAGAACGGAUAGGAGGGUAAGAAAAAUCCGAUGCCAUCUAGGUCGUGUAAAGGUUAGGAUAGAAUGUGUUGUAAAUGCCAGUUUUAAGAAUGAAUGACGUUUCGUGGAACAACAAUCCUGGGAUGUUGGGAGGACAGCCAGAAAUGGCGGGUGUUGUUGGAAGACAACAGCACCCGAAUGUGAACAUGGGAAAUAGAUCACAGCAUUCCCAAGACGAUGCUACUGUGGGUUAUUUCUUCCAGCGUCCGCAUAACGAAGCAGAAAUGAACAGUUAUGGAACGAAACGCUGGGCCGUCGGAGAUGACAGUGUCAUCGAACAGAGAAAUAUGGCGACUGUUCAGGAACUAGAGAAAGACUUCCAUGGGAUGUCCGUUCGUGAGUUUCCGCCAAACCAAUCAGCCAAAAAGUUGUUAUGGGAUGACCGAGGCAAGCACUCUGGGGACCAAGGGAAGCCGGUCUUCCCCAGUCCGUGGACAACGGAUGUCAGAGAGGACACCUGGGGAAAUCCCCAAGAGCCUGUUGCCCUUGGAGUAGAUUUAGUGGAGUACGUUUUAGGGGGCGGGUCACCUGGAAACAAAGACAUUGAUCCCAGGAUGAACCGGAUGCCAAAAGGACCCUAUAUGUCGAGAAAGUACCCGGUACCACAGCAAGACCAUGGAAUCUCGGAUCAGGACAAGAAAAGUAAAACCCCGUCACCUUUUGAGGGACAUGAUGGCGACGAGAACAAGGAAAACAUACAAAGUAACGGACUGCUUCAAAAUGGGCUUGAUGACGACCAGGGAUAUAGGUACAAAAUUAAUCGUCGCAGCAGUCGACAGAAUUCGCCUCCAGGAGAGGAAGGGAAGGGUAUGAUGGACAACCAAAAAACAGCACUAAACAAUAACAACAACGAGCAUGGGGACUUCCGGGAUGGCCCUGCUCAACAGUUCCAGCAGCCCGGGUUUCAGCUCGAUCCACCCCACUUCGAGCCGGUGGGCAUUGAUCCUAUUCAGUUUGACUACAGCAAUCAGCUCAUGCAGUCCAUGGAAAGUCCAAAUUUCAACUUGGACUACUCCCAGCAAUUACUGCAGCGACAGCAGCAGCCAAUCGCAGUCCUGACCCAGCAGCAGUACGCCCUGGCCACUCAGCAGCAGCAGCUCGGCUUGCCUCCUACCGCUCUCACACCAACUCCCUAUGUUAUCAACGCGCAGGACCCAUACGCCGUUGGGAUUCCCAUCGCCGCAGGUCCGACCGUACUCCACCCCCAGUACUAUGGUGUACAGGCCCCUUGGGGCAUUUACCCUGCAAAUCUGAUACAACAGCAGGGUCAACAGACCCCACAGGGACUCAAUCAGCAACAACAGCAACAGGUGCUCCGGGGUCAGUCCGGGCGUCCUAUCACACCCUCACAGCAAAACGACAACAUGGCUAGUCAACCAUCCUCUCUCCAGCAUCAGCCACUUCAGGCUCCAAAUGCCCAGUACCAGAUCAUUGCGCCCGCCUAUUAUGACCAGAAUGGUCAGCUGGUGAUGGGCAACCCUCGGGGCAUUGGCACGCCGGUCCGUCUCGUCUCACCUGCCCCUGUUCUAGUCAGCGCAGCAGCCAAUCAGCAAGGAGGGGGAAACAACUCUCUCGGCAGUAACCCACUGAGGCUGCUGACAACACAGGCCCAAACCACACCACCAGUCUACUCCAGCACCUCCACAUCUUCUUCACAGAACUCGCUAGGCUACACUCCUAGCAGUAGUUUGGCCUACACACAAGUAACGGCCAGUCUGUACUCACCGCUCAGUGGAGUCAAUCCGCAACAUGGUAACUAUGGCAACACUGGCUUUAGCAACAUGGGGUCAACAGCACCAGGAACGAUUGGCUCUGGUCAGAGACGAGACUCUAUUGACUUCAAGCAGAGGCCCCAGCUACCCAUCAACCAGUUCUAUGGGUCAAUGGGUUCCAUGUCUGGAUCACCUGCAGGCCCCAUGGGCCUUGUUCAGCCUGGUCAAUCAAUGACCCCACCUCCAUCACUGUCGGGCUCCAACACAAACUUGGCUAUCGGUAUGCAUGGUAUGACGGCUGGAAAUCGUCUCUACAAUGCUGCACCAGGCGCAGAAACAAAAUUCAGGAACGGUUCAUUUGGCUCGGCCAAUGGACUCUUCCCUGGCAAUAGUCUCUUCCCAAACCGAGCUAACUUACAUUCACGAAGUGCCAGUUUGUCAAAGGAAGUAACGGGGCGGAGUCGAUUGCUUGAAGAUUUUCGUAACAACAGGAUCCCUAACCUGACACUGAAGGACCUGACGAAUCAUGUUGUGGAGUUCUCUCAGGAUCAGCACGGCUCUCGGUUUAUCCAACAGAAGUUAGAGAGAGCCACACCACAGGAGAAAUCCAUGGUAUUUAACGAGAUCCUCAACCAUGCCUAUAGUCUUAUGACAGAUGUGUUUGGUAAUUACGUGAUACAGAAGUUCUUCGAGUUCGGAAUAAGCGAGCAGAAGCAGACGUUGGCUCAGCGACUUAGAGGACAUGUCCUGCCUCUAGCUUUACAGAUGUACGGCUGUCGUGUGAUACAGAAAGCUCUGGAGACCAUUCCCUGUGAAAUGCAGGUGGAGAUCGUGAAGGAACUUGAUGGCCAUGUACUGAAGUGUGUAAAAGACCAGAAUGGAAACCAUGUGGUACAGAAAUGUAUUGAGUGUGUGGACCCCAUACACCUACAGUUUAUUAUCGACGCCUUUAAGGGACAGGUGCAUGCCCUGUCGACGCAUCCCUACGGCUGCCGUGUGAUCCAGCGCAUCCUAGAGCACUGUAACAUGGAACAGACCAACCCCAUCCUAGACGAGCUGCACCAGCAGAUUGAGCGACUCGUCCAGGACCAGUACGGAAACUAUGUCAUCCAACACGUUCUGGAGCACGGCCAGCCGGACGACAAGAGCAAGAUUGUGGUGGAGCUUCGUGGCAAGGUCCUCGUCCUCAGUCAGCACAAGUUUGCCAGUAAUGUCGUGGAGAAGUGUGUAUCUCAUUCCUCACGGGCAGAAAAAGCCAUGCUGAUCGAGGAAGUUUGCUCAAUGAAUGACGGACCUCACAGUGCCUUGUACUCAAUGAUGAAGGACCAGUUCGCCAAUUACGUGGUGCAGAAGAUGAUUGACGUGGCGGAGCCCACACAGAGAAAGAUCCUCAUGCACAAGAUCCGUCCCCACAUUGCCACACUGCGCAAGUACACCUACGGCAAGCACAUCCUGGCCAAGCUAGAGAAAUACUUCAUGAAGAACAGCUCCGAUCUUGGGCCUAUUGGUAUGCCUCCAAACGGAGCCCUUGCAUAGUACUAUAAUACCGAAUCUAAGAAAGAGACUCCAAAUGGGAGUUUUAAUCUAGCAUGGGCCCCAAAUGGGCGAUUUUUGUCUGUUUUAGACUUGAUAUAGUUAACUUCAGAUUGGAUUCCUGUAGAGGUGUCAAUGUUAUAAAGUAUAGGGCCCAAAUUCUGUUGCUUCAUAUCGGUAGUCAACUUGAGAGUAGGACCCUUUAAGAGACUUCUGAAAAGGAGAUAUUUGUUUGUUUAGACCCCACCCAAAUAUUAUUAAUUCAUAUAGUGAACUUCAAACUGGACCCAUUGAGAGGCCUCCAAGUGGGGGAAUUGUUUUCUAGUGAUAUCUGGUACCCAUUUUUGAUGCCUCCAACUUGAGUUUUUUAAGCUCAAUGUCUGGUUAAGUGUGACCUUGAGCCAAUGCAGAAACCUGCCAAAAGAACCCUCGUUUGGUAGAGUUCACACCUAUCAAACCAAAAAGGGCCAGUUCAGAACCUGUUUGUUGUCCCUUAACCCUUUCACCACUGUAGACUAUGAUGGACUCAUCCAAAUCAAUGCAUGGUAGGGUUUAGUUAAGUUACAUAGGGGUGAAAGGGUUACAGUGUACCAUUUGGGACCUACGGUAUGCGCCUGAGAUGCAUACGUCAUUUUGGAACAAGUUUAGACUCGGACCUAUUUGGAUGCCUCUACCUUUAGGGUCCCAUCAUUUAGGCAACCAUCUAAAAUUAUACGACCUUUUAGAUAACCUUCCAUCCCUGCUAACUACAGAAAGGGCUUUGCUUUAAAUGUUCCAUCCUCUUGGCAGAUUUAGGUUCUCAAGAACACGGGAUGGAAGGGUGAUUUUGAAGCUUGCAUGUUGAAAUGAGAAAUCAUGCAACUUUUCCAUUCACUUCUGUUAUUCACUGUAUGACUGCUUCUAUUUCAUCAGUACUUGAUUAUAUUAAUACAUUUUUGCGAUUGUGAUGCAAUCAAAUAUUACAUAACAUGAAUAUUUUGGAUGGUAUUCCAAGUUUACACUCUGUGUAAUGAGGAGUUGCGAAAAUGAAAAUCGGAUGAAAUUGAAGAUAGGUUCUUGCUAUUUUUGGGCAAUACUUCAUUUGAAGUGGUGAAUGAUGCUUAAACACUAAUAGAUGAAGGCUGAAUACCGGGUGUAGGUCUUGCAUUGUUCCUGUAUGUUCUGCUAUCUUUAGUUGGUAGCUCAAUAUUGUCAAUUUUUGUUUUGAAUUAUUUUUCCUCUUGUUUUUCUUUCAAUUAUUAUUUUUUCUCGUUUUAGUUUAGAAGAUGCCAAGUUUGGCACCUUAAUUUGUUCUUGCCACUCAUUGUUUGUGUGUACCUGUAUGCUGUUUAAAAUUGACUGCUGGGAAGUGGAGACAGUAGAUGCUGUCAGGGUUUCUCUGGGAGGGGGGGAGUUCAGCAUGGCUGGGUUUUGAUUGUGUGGAACCAUAAGAGAAAAUUCAUACAACAAAGAUUGUACUAUUCAUUUGAUACUGUAGGAAUUAUUUAUGGGGUACCUUACAAUUUUAGGGACUACAGUGAUGCGUGUCCUAAUCUUGGCUUCAUCUCAAAGUGGAGUUGGUAGUUUUGAAAUAGGUUUGACAUUUAAGUUGAAAAUGUCGGUUACAUACUUUGAAUCAUUUUGUGACAUUUUAUUGUCAAAAUGAAUACGAAGUAAUCAAUAUAAUUAGAUAUUAAACAGGGACCUUAAGUACUGGACCUAAUAUCAUGGUGUUAAAAUGUGGAAAUCUCAAUCAAGACAAAUUAGCGGAUCUAUUCAAAGCGUGAUCAAUGUGCACAAAUUCUUUGCCUUUUAA